AUGGGUGACUGUGUGUUUGCUGCAUUUAUUGAAGCAAAGAAGCGAAGUCUUUUUGAAUAUUUCCAGGAAUACAACCAACCAGCGUAUGGAUUGGGAACAAUGUCCUGCAAUAUUUAUGAUACGGCUUUGGUUUCGAUGGUCACAAAAGUGGUCAAUGGACAACGUAUAUGGGUGUUUCCAGAUGCUUUUGAAGCUCUUUUGCGACUCCAGAAUGAUAACGGCAGCUGGACAAAAUAUUUUCUAGAAUCAGCACUGGGAAACUUGAAUCACUUGCUUUCAACCAGCAUAUUACCCGUGGGCCUGGAGCUCUGGCUACCCAAGAUCUUUGAGCUAUUAAGCAAGGAUAAUGUGCAUUUUAACUCUAAUGCGAGCACACACUUAGCUGAUAUACGGUCCAGAAAGCUUGCCAAAUUAGACUUACAUGCCAUUUCACGAGGCCCACAAUCUUCCGUUAUUCACUCUUUAGAGGGUUUAAUUGGGAACAUUGAUUUCAAAAUGCUGGGGCAACAAAGGAUACUUGGCAGCAUGCUAGCAUCCCCGUCAGCAACAGCGGCUUAUCUGAUGCAUAGCCCGUGGUGGGACAAUGACUCAGAGGACUAUAUUCGUAAUUCGAUUGUUGCUGGAGCUGGAAAAGGAUCAGGGCUUGUGGCUAGCGGAUACCCAACAACAGUAUUCGAAUGGGCAUGGGUGUCCGUAAAUCUUUUACGGUAUGACAUAGAAACGGGGGAUAGAUUGAAAGAAAUAGGCAAUCAUAUCGAGCACCAUAUCAAAUCAUAUGGGCAGACGGGUUUCGAGGAAUAUUUUGUUACCUAUCUUUACAAAGCAUCUAUUAGUGUAAGCACAAAUGCCAAUGUGCUGGCUGCCUUUCUAUCCCUCACUGCUGGUAAUCAUUACCAGCCUCAAAUUGAAAAAUGUACCCGCUAUCUUUGCAAGACCUGGUUUAUGUCAGACAGACUGGUCAAAGACAAAUGGAAUAUCUCGCCUUAUUAUCCUACUCUGCUUACGUGUGAAGCAUUAAUGCUAUAUUUUGAGUCCUGGAAACAAGGGCACAUUGCCGCAUUGCCGGAGGAGCUUAUGAGCUUUCAAAUCCCAAUUACCCUUUUCCAAUCUCUCAUUCGAACACUACUUACUCAAAAUCAGGACGGGUCUUGGGGAAGCUCCAGUUCUGCUGAGGAGACUGCAUAUGCCGUCCUGAUUCUGAAAAAUGUGGCUUGUUUGAGCUUCACUGCGCUCAUCUCGAGCGAGGUCCAAUGUGCCAUUGACAGAGGGCAACACUUCAUCCUUAGCAAAAGUGAAAGAUCAGGAAUGGACGAUCAGCUUUGGCUAGACAAGACGUUAUAUGCGAUACCAACUGUCUCCGACUCUUAUAUCCAGGCUGCUAUGAAAACAUACAAUCGUUUUGACGAUUUGAAAAAUAUAAUACGCGAACUUCUCAAUUUGCCAUAUACAAGAAUACACAAAUUGACCGAAUAUUUUGAACAGCUGCCAUCUGUGAUGAAGGCAUCUCGAUGGGUUGUCCAAGCUUCGGUUAUAGAGGCCUUCCUCUUUAAGUACAACCUACGAACACUGGAUCAUUCUUCGCAAAGAGCGGUGCUGGGGGAAAAAUAUCUAGAUUAUACAGCAUUUUUUUGGGUUUUUGCAAAUAAUUCCAGAGCGGACCAUCUCCUGAGCACGAGCAGAAUCUACAACAUGGUCGAAUUUGCCGCCGGAAUUUACCAAGAGGACCAUUAUAUGGAUACAUGUCUCUUGGAGUUGCCAGAUACUGCACUAAACAUUAUAGCGAAUUUCGCUGAUCGGGUUUGCAGUCAAAGAGAUGGCUCGCAAACGGAUAAUGACAAUAGAUCUUUACCUGAACAAGAUUCUGCGGAUUUGACUGAGGAGAUCAAGUUCAACAUCAAGCAAGCCGAACAGCUUCUAGAAAGGUGGAUGAAGUCUAUUUUAAAUAAUUCGUGCAUUGAGAAUGCCAGCGAAUAUGACCGGCGCAAUCUGCGAAAGGAACUGAAGAUUGUUCAAAUCCAAACAGAAGACUUCUUUUAUUCCUGGCUGCAACAGACUGCUAUACACCAUGCCAUGAGUCCACUUAAUUUUAAAUAUUUUAUAUGUCAGCUGGAGAACGGUAGAGAUGUCUUUAUUACCGCUAAAGAAAAGUAUCUUGCUGAAGAGCUAUCGAAACAUAUUGCUACCGAGAAGUCAAAUCUCAAUUCAGCGAAUUUCCCUGAGUUUUGGUCUGCACCAACUCCAGAAUCUGAAGAUGACCUGAGAGUGCGCUUGCGCCAAAUUGCGGAGUACGAGCAGAGCUGCACCCUGUUGUGCAUGAAUGCCUUGCAAGAUAGCUUGGGGGGUCCUGACACUGGUGUAAUCUCUGCCUACUUAUCUGUGUUUUAUCGCACAUUCACUAUUUAUUUUGAGUCCUGCGUUAAAUACUCUUUUGUUGCCGAAACUGCAACAUGAUUU